AGGGAAAGGAGCGAGCAUAGAGAGAUCAGCUGGAGGAGAGAGAGAGGAAGGGGGCAGGGAGGCGGAUGCCGCUGCUGCUGGUGGUGCUUUGAGCCAGGCACAAGCUCCCAUGGCCCCAGUGGGAUGGAGGCUGACUAAACAGGCUGAGCACUAAGAAGGAGAAGGAGGAGAAGAGAAGCUCCAGGACUGACUGGGAGCUGGUGGGAUCAUGUGGCAGGGUCGAAGCUAUAUUGGAGUACUAGCUCCAUUUUGUAUUCUGGCCACCUUCCUCCUGGUCACUCUCACAGUGUCUUACAAACCAGUCAUUGUCGUCCAUGGCUUGUUCGACAGCCCUUCGGAUUUUCAGCUUUUGCUUGGCUUCAUCAAUGAGACACAUCCCGGAACCAACGUAACGGUUGUUGAUCUGUUUGACCGCACUGAGAGCCUGAAACCACUCUGGCUACAAGUCGAGGGGUUCAGGCGAGCUAUUUACCCUAUAAUGCAGAACGCUGCUGACGGGGUCCACCUCAUCUGCUAUUCACAAGGUGGACUCAUCUGUCGUGCCCUCCUUGCCACAACGCCUGAUCACAACGUGGACACAUUCAUCUCACUCGCCUCCCCACAAAUGGGGCAGUAUGGAGACACAAAGUACUUGAAAUGGCUUUUUCCUGAGCAUAUGAAAUCCAACUUGUACCGUGUGUGCUAUACACACUUGGGACAGGAUUUCUCCAUCUGUAAUUACUGGAAUGAUCCACAUCAUCGAGAUCUUUACCUCCACAACAAUAAUUUCCUGGCUCUGCUGAAUGACGAGAGACUGCAUCCCAAUGCAACUGCCUGGAAGGAGAAUCUCCUGCGGAUCAGCAAACUCAUUCUCAUUGGGGGUCCAGAUGAUGGUGUAAUCACGCCAUGGGAAUCCAGUCUGUUUGCCUUCUAUGAUGAUAAUGAAACAGUGAAGGAAAUGACAUCUCAGCCGGUCUACCUCCAGGACACCUUUGGCUUGAAGACCCUGGAUGCUCGUGGUGACAUUGUUUUUUAUGUCGUACCUGGCGUUGAUCACACAAAGUGGCACUGCAAUCGCACAGUUUUUGACACUUGCAUUGCCAAAUGGCUGACGUAGCUGGAAUUGCUGAGAAAAAAGCUGACAGAGGAGAGAGUCUUCAUUUGAGAUGGGCUACUUUACUUUGUCUAGGCAUUUCUUCUCCCGCAAGGCAUAAACUCUGUUACCUGUAGUUUUUCUAGAAUGACUGAUAUUUUCUUUCAUAGUGGAAGAGACUUUUUUUCUGCAGGAAUUUUUGACUGAUGCCAGCAGCUGUUUUUUUUUUGGGGGGGGCAAGGGGUAGGAUUCCAGGUUGCUGCACCAGGUUUGGGUGGGGGCAAAAUGAGGGAACAGAUCUAUCUUUUGUUGGGUCUUGAGG